AUGCAAACCAUAAUUAAUGACAUCAAAAAUCAAAAUUUUGUUGAUGAAGAGACUAGUGUUUCACUUUUAGAAUCUUUUGGUAAGCACAAAGAUCUUGUUACUAAUUGGACAAAAAAAAAUUUGGGUAAAAAAAUUCCCAAAAGGUAUAGUCCUGCUGUUCGCCAGUUUGCUUUGUCUUUGCACUUUUUUUCUGGAAAAGCUUAUGAGUAUGUCAGAGAUCAAUUUAAUACAAUAUUACCUCAUCCGCGCACGCUUAGCAAAUGGUAUAGUCAUUUCAAUGCUGAACCAGGCUUCACAAUGGAAUCGUUGAAACUUUUAGAACUGAAAGUGAGGAAUUCAUCAGAUCCUGUGUUCUGUGCAUUAAUAAUGGAUGAAAUGGCAAUACGCCAACAUCUAGAGUAUGAUAGAACUACUGGUAAAUAUUAUGGUAGAGUUGACAUGGGAAGUGGAAUAGAUAAUGACAGUUUAGCAGUAGCUAAAGAAUGUUUAGUUUUUCUAGUUGUUUCUAUUAACGAAAAUUGGAAAUUGCCAAUUGGUUACUUUUUAGCAAAUAGUUUGAACAGUGCACAAAAAGUAGAGCUUGUUCGUCAUGCAUUGCAUGUGUUGUCUAACACUGGUGUCAAUAUUAUUAGUUUAACAUUUGAUGGCUGUUCCUCUAAUAUAACUGCUGCAAAGCUUUUAGGUUGUAACUUUACAGUUGAUGCAUUAAAUACUUCAUUUGCUUCCGAAUAUGAUGACUCGAAAAUUGUAGCAAUAUUUGAUCCAGCACAUAUGAUCAAAUUGGUCCGCAACGCAUUUGGUGAAAAGAAAAUAUUCUUGGAUUAUGAAAAUAAUGAAAUUAAUUUUGAAUAUGUUCAACGUUUAUGUUACUUACAGGAGCAGGAAGGAUGUCACCUAGCUAAUAAAUUAAGAAAAAACCAUAUACUAUUUUUUAAACAGAAAAUGAAAGUAAAACUUGCUACUCAACUACUAAGUCAAUCAGUCGCAGACGCACUUAAAUUUUGCAAAGAUACUCUUAAAAUUCAUGAGUUUAGUAAUGCAGGUGCUACAAUUUCAUUUAUUGAGAUGUUUAAUAAGGUGUUUGAUAUAUUAAAUAGUAGAUCUAUCAAUUGCAUUGAAUCCAAAAAAGCACUUUGCAAAGAAAAUAUUGAAGAAAUUAAAUUGUUCACAAAUCAUUUCUGUACUUAUAUCAAAGGUCUUAAAAUCUUAGAGAGUGAUAAUAAUUUUAUACCUGUACUUGAAUCUAAACGCAAAACUGGUUUUAUAGGUUUCAUUGUUUCUUUAAAUAGUUUAUUGCAAUUAUACUCAACAUUAAUUGAGUCUAAUAAACUGUCAUAUAUUAAAGCUUAUAAAGUAAGUCAAGACCAUUUAGAAAUAUUCUUCUGUAGUAUUCGCUCCCAUGGUGGGUUCAACAAUAACCCAACAGUAAGACAGUUUCGCUCUGCCUACAGAAAAUUAGUUAUACGAACCACUGACAUGAAGCAAUUUAAUACUGGCAAUUGUAUACCUUUAGAAGACAUCGAUAUUUUACAUUAUUCUAGUUCAGAUCCAGUCACAGUAUUGAAUAACAAUUCAACAAAUAUAAAUUCAGAUAAAAUUGUGGAGGAAGAAAAUUCACAAAAUAUAAAUUCAUUUAUAAUGGAUCAUGACUAUAUUGUGAGUAAUAGUGAUUAUUCUUUUAGUUAUUUUUCAAAAGAAGUUAUAACUUAUGUAGCUGGAUUUGUAGUUCAUAAACUUACCAACACACUUAAAUGUAAUAACUGCAAAUAUGCAUUGUGUGCUACUGAUAAAGCAUGUUUUUUAAACUCUUUUAUUACUCUAAAAAAUAAGGUUGGUGAUAGAGGUGGUUUAAUUUACCCAAGUGACAGCGUCAUGAAUAUUUGUUUCAAAACUGAAAAAGUAUUAAAAAAAUACAGCUAUAGGAUUAAAGCAGUCAAUAAAUUACAAAUUCAGUCAGAAGUCUUAACCCAUUUUUUAUACAACUCAAACUUGUUUGCAUCAUUAAAAACUCAUAGUCAUGAAACAAGAAGUCCAUUAACUGAUCACAUAACUUUAUUAAUAAAAUCAAUUACAUCAACCUACGUUAAUUUAAAAAUUGAUUACACUUUAAAAAACCAUAACGAAACACCAUCACUAAGAAUGUGGUAUAACAAACUCACGAUUUUUAAAGGACAAUAA